AUGGCGCGCAAAGCAGCAUCGACGGCUCAAGGCACGCCCACCACGGGCGCCGCCAAGUCCCGAUUUGGCCAGCUGAGGGGGUGGCUUGCCGCCAAACUGAGCUACGAUGAGGGCCUAGAUGAGAACGGCAAGCCGAAGGAGCGCUGGUGCCCCGAGCAGGAGGCCGGCCUGAUCUCGAAGCUCUUCUUCUUCUUCACCGGCGGCCUCAUCCAGAAGGGCUCCCACAAGCACCUCGAGCAGGCGGACCUAUGGACCACCCACAGCCAGGAUGAACCAGCGAAGCUCUGGGAGGCGUUUGAGCGCGACCUAAAAGCGACGGCGACGGCGCAGGCUCCGCAGGGCGUCCUGUCGAAGGCGCUCUGGCGCGCCCACGGGCGCCUCUUCAUUGUCACCGGCGUCAUCAAGAUCUUCCAUGACGGCAUCAUGUUUACUCAGCCCUACAUCCUGGAGGAGCUGCUGAACCACCUGACGGGGCCGGAGGACAAGGGCGCGGCGCUGGGGCUGGCGUUUGCGCUGGUGGGCUGCGCUAUACUGGAGGCGCUCUUUAUUAACGUCUACUUCAACAUGCUCUUCAGGUGCGCGCGC